AUGAUUUAUACAAAAAUUGAUCUUACAUUACGGCGAAGACAAGAGAAGACUGAAAUUAAAAGCCUCAAUUCAGACAGAAAGAAUGGAUCUAAACCUAACAGAGAUCGGCUUGAUAGAUGUAGAGAAAUCAGCGACGAAAAGGUUGUGCGAAGAUUGGAUGAGGAUUUGAGCCGCUUUGAAAUGAUUUACCCGUCUAAGUAUGAAAUUCGCCCUCGGAUCCUUGAGACCCGUAUUAAUGAGCAGGAUGACCAGAUUGCUUAUCUGGAAGAAGAGGGAACAAGCUUAAGAGAAAGAGUGAACAAUAUGGAGCAGGGGAUUGAUAGUCUUAAGCUCCGAAUGCGAGUAUUAGAAGUUGCUAAUGCUUUCAAAUCCACUGAAAUUCUCUCUGGUGAGGCCUCCUUUGCCUGA